UCCACGUGAAGCUGAAGAACACCUAUGGAUCAGCAGCGUUAGCGGCAGCUUUAAGCCGAAGUUAUAAUCUCCACUCCCUCGAUCAACACCGUCUAGAAAGAGCCCACAAAUACCAACGUCCCAGAUCUUUCUACUCUCUCCUCCUUACAAAAAGGCCCCUUUAGCCCUCACAAGAAGCCUUCUAAAAUUCAAAUCCAAUAGUAGUAGGAGCGGUAGCUCUCUCUGUUUCAAUUCCAAGUCUUAAAACUCAAAUGGCUUUGCCGAAUCAGCAAACUGUUGAUUAUCCAAGCUUCAAGCUUGUGAUUGUUGGCGAUGGUGGUACAGGGAAAACAACAUUUGUGAAAAGGCAUCUGACUGGCGAGUUCGAGAAGAAAUAUGAGCCAACUAUUGGUGUGGAAGUUCAUCCUUUGGAUUUCUUCACUAACUGUGGUAAAAUUAGAUUCUAUUGCUGGGAUACAGCCGGUCAAGAGAAGUUUGGUGGUCUUAGAGAUGGAUACUACAUCCAUGGUAAUUGUGCUAUAAUCAUGUUUGAUGUUACUGCUCGGUUGACAUACAAGAAUGUACCUACAUGGCAUAGGGAUCUUUGCAGGGUCUGCGAAAACAUUCCUAUUGUUCUUUGUGGAAACAAGGUUGAUGUAAAGAACAGGCAGGUGAAGGCAAAGCAGGUUACCUUUCACAGGAAGAAGAACCUGCAAUACUAUGAGAUUUCAGCUAAGAGCAACUAUAAUUUUGAGAAGCCAUUCUUGUACCUUGCUAGAAAACUUGCUGGGGAUCCUAACUUGCAUUUUGUUGAGACUCCAGCCUUGGCUCCCCCAGAAGUGCCUAUCGACCUUGUAGCACAAGCACAUCAUGAAGCCGAACUUGCUGCUGCUGCUAGCCAACCUCUUCCAGAUGACGAUGAUGACGCGUUUGAGUAAAAGAAUAGAAGAGACAUGGUCCUUGUUGGAAUCUAAGGGGCUUUGAUUGUAUGGUUUUGAGGAUAUGGUAUAAACUGAAUGAUUUCAGGUCUAUCACUGACCUGUUCUUUUCGAGUUGCCCAUUCAUCAUUUUGCAGGGGGUGUCUUGCUCUGUUUAUACCAUCCUUUUUUAUGGUACUAUUCUAUGUAGGAUGCUCCUGGUGUUGCUCUGUCCUUGAAUUUCUACCGCUGUGCUGAUUAGCUGAUUAUACCA